CAUUGGCUGGUUUCACAUGUCUGCUGAUGUGCCGCUUAUGGAUUUUCAAGUAAAGGUUUCAUGGAUCUAUCUCACCAGCCGUCGUUUUCGUAAUUCUCCUUGGCAUUAACAUUGGCGUUUCUUUCAGUGUUUUUCAUACUUUAUAUGGACACUAUUGUUAUUUUUAUAAGCGAAGGUCUCAGAGUCGAAAUUGUUGCUUGUUUCCUCUGGUUAUCUAACCCGGUGAAGAGAAGCUAACAGUUAGCAUCUCAAACCACUCUGUGCGGAAGCUUUUUAUUGCGUUAAAAUGGGAGAAGAAGCCAACGACAAACUUUUAAACGCAGACGAUGGACCUGGUAAUGAAAAAAGUGCAGUAGAAGAUGUUAAGUAUUACACGUUAGAGGACAUAAGAGUGCAUAAUAUGAGCAAUGACACAUGGCUCAUUAUCCACGAGAAAGUAUAUGACAUCACAAGUUUCCUUGAAGAGCAUCCUGGUGGUGAGGAGGUUUUGCUGGAGCAGGCUGGUGCAGAUGCCACAGAGAGUUUUGAAGAUGUGGGGCAUUCCACUGAUGCCAGGGAGAUGCUGGAGCAGUACUAUGUAGGAGAGCUACACCCAGAUGACAGGAAAAAGGAAAAGCCAAAGGAGGUUAAUGUCACAAAUCCAGGAGAAAGCGGCAGCAAUUGGUCCACCUGGUUGAUAUCUGCUGUUGCUGCAGCUGUUGUAGGGGUGGUGUAUCGUUACUUUAUAUUUGAACACAAGUCCUCCUGAGGUCUGCUAAGUGCAUUCACAUCUUGCUUGUUGCAUCUGAAAGCCUUGAAAUGUUGACCAAAACCUCUUCCUCCUGAAUGCACAAUAUUUGUGUAGGUCUUUUAUUCGCAGAGGAUUAGACUGUUCAUGUCUUGCUGAGAGCAUUGGGAACUGCAGGAUGGUCUGGAAUAAUUGCCGUGUGUUUUUAAAUGUCUGUCACUAUAUUGGGUGGUACUUAAGUCUUAACUUAUGCAUUUGACUCUGAUUACCUUAUGCUCUUAGCGUAUGCUCAUACCAUUUAUCUGCCUGUGAAUGAUUUUACUUUUCAAUUUUCAAUUUUUUUGUAAACUGAAAGCCAUUAUUGAAAUAAAUGAAAAUAUUUAUCAUAAUGCAAAAGAUUAUAUAACUUAAAAAGGAUCAACUUUUGUUCUUUUAAUACACUGGUGAAUGGUAUAAUUGAUUUAAGUGAUUAAUUAAGAUUGACUUGUUCAUUUUUAGAUACAUUUUCAGCAGAUAUUUCCCUUGUGUUUAGGUGAAAGUACCUGGCAGCUCUGUGUUCACUUAAACAUAUGCAUUGUCUUUAAAAAUAUACAUGAUGUUCAAUUCAUCCAGAGAGAAUAGUUGUACAUUCAUUUGCUUGUUUUAGACUAUACAUGUUAUUUAAAACCUUAUUGUAUAGAGCUUCACUAUGGAACAUAACAUGCUGCUAUUUUUGCUAUGUUCAAUUCACCUGCCGUUACGUUUCUGAAUAAACAAAAUUUAAUG